AUGGCCUCGAGCAACAAGCCGGGCGUCAGCCGCCGCCGCCCUUCUGAGGAAGACGUCAUCAGCAUCUCUUCGGGCGACGAUCUCGGGGUGCCUGAACCGCCUCAAGCAUCCGCUAUUGCUCGUCACGGCUCUAGCGUCAAGCGCGCACCUGUGCCACAAGCAAACAAGCGCGAGCCUUUGCAACGGGCGAAGCCGUGCGAGGUCCCUUCUGAAAAUCCUUCGAAACCCGGCAAGCGUCUGAGGGUCAACGUGGCGCAAGUUGAAGCCCGGCCAGGCUCAUCGACGGCCAAGGACAGAGCGAAGCGCGUCCCCGAAGAGCGUGAUGCGCCAAACGAUAGGAACGAAGCACUGCAAGAAGCCCUCGUCGCCGUGUCGGGUGCCAGGGCUACGUUGCAGCGCGAGCUUGACACAGCUCACGCAACGUCGGAUGAGUUGUUACAACAGUUGGCCUCUAUGACUCAGGAACGGGACAGCCUGCAACUCAUCGUUGCGGAAGGGCAUAAACACAGGGUGGAAAAACAGGAAACUCAGCGAUUGCAGGAUGAAGUCCGACGGUUGCAGGAAGAAGUUCAACGAUUACAGGAGGAAGUUCAACGAUUACAAGGGGACGCACGACGGCGCGAGGGCACUGUUGCGGCCGCUAAGGGGUUGGUCGAUGCUCUGCAAAGCGAUUCGACCUGUACGAUAUGUACUUGCCGGCUGUGGCUGCCGUACGCUCUGCCUUGUGGCCAUACAGCAUGCCAAGCAUGCCUACGAGAGUGGUUCAGCGAGGCGCUGAUGCAACACCUCCACCAUAAUCCGCAGCUGGAAUGGCCGAACCUGCAGCCUUACCGCGACGCCAUUCGCAACCCCGAGGUGCCAAGGGCGGAUCGUGAGCGCGCCAAGGCAGAACUCGCUAACGUUCUGGCCGCCUAUCCUACUCCGCGGUACACAUGUCCGAUCUGUAGACAGCCGGUCCAGACGAGGCCGACCGAAGAUGUGACUCUCAGAAGCGUCGUAUGGGCUGUCGCUGAUGCGCUCGGAGAAGAAAAUCCAGCGAAGUCUAAUCGCGAGACACACGGAGGCAAUACUAUUUGGGACGGGUUUUUCUUACCUACAGCGGACGAUCUGGAGCUGGAGUGA